GACAACAUGCAGCAACUUGGACAAUGCCUUGGCCGAGGUGCAUUUGGCAGUGUCUAUCAAGCUCUCAACUGGUCCAAUGGCGAGACUGUGGCCAUCAAGCAAGUGCGCCUUUCCGACAUGCCCAAGACAGAACUCAAUGUCAUCAUGCAGGAAAUCGACUUGCUGAAGAAUCUCCACCACCCUAACAUCGUCAAAUACCAUGGUUUCGUCAAAUCUGCCGAUUCGCUCUACAUCAUCCUGGAGUACUGCGAACAAGGCAGCCUGCACCAGAUUUGCAAGAAUUUUGGCAAGUUUCCCGAGAAUCUGGUUGCGCUAUACAUCGCCCAGGUCCUACGAGGCCUGCUGUUCCUGCACGACCAGGGUGUUAUCCACCGUGAUAUCAAGGGCGCAAAUAUCCUCACCACCAAAGAGGGACUCGUCAAGCUGGCCGACUUUGGUGUUGCCACAAAGCAGGGAGGCUUGGCAGAGGGAAGCGUGGUGGGCACUCCGUAUUGGAUGGCUCCUGAAGUCAUCGAAUUAUCGGGGGCGACCACAGCCAGCGACAUAUGGAGUCUGGGAUGUACCGUCAUCGAACUGCUUGAUGGCAGACCGCCGUACUACAAGUUUGCACCCAUGCCUGCGCUGUUUCGCAUUGUCAACGAUGAUCAUCCACCCUUACCUGAAGGUGCCAGUCCACUGGUGAGAGACUUUCUGAUGCAAUGCUUCCAGAAGGAUCCCAACCUUCGAGUCUCGGCGAAAAAACUGCUCAAGCAUCCUUGGAUUGUUUCAGCCAAGAAGGCCGACAAGACCAAGCCUACCGAGUACGACGAAGCAAUCAAAAGUGUACAAGAAUGGAAUGAGGCCCUCAAAGCCAGCCCGCCGCCCGCGCAGUCAAACAAUGCUGCUCGUAAACCACCAUCAAGCCGAACCGGCUCCAGGCCUGUCUCUAGAAGUUCCACCAAAUCAGGACUUGGUGGUGGUGGAGUGAAGAGCAAAGCGGAUCUGCCUCCAAAACCUGCAUUUAGAUUGGGUCCAAGGAAGUCGCAAGCCGCGGAGGCCUUCCAAUCUCCACAAGAGGAUGUGUGUCGGGAUAAUUGGGACAAUGACUUUGAAUCGCUCAACACUGGCAUGAGAGGCCUACAGAUCCCAGAUCAUCUAAAACCGCAGGACAACUUUGCAGGGUUGUUCAGCUCGGAGAAGCUGAAACGAUUCGCUCAUAUCGAUGCAAUUCCAGAGAUGGAUGGCAAGGUUGAGGAGUGGGAUGAGGAGUUCGAAGGCGAUCUGACGGUUAAGUCAGAUUUGCAGCUGUCGGAAGGCAACGCAGUGGAGACUGUGCGUCCUUUCUAUCCGUCACGAACGACUUCCGACGAAAUUAAGCACCAUACGCCGCGCAAGGCAAGUAAAGACUCGCAACCACGCACCCAGAUAUUGCGGCCGGCUUCGAAACAAAGCUCGAUACCAAAGGUAAAGAGCGCCGCUAAUCAACCGAUAAAGAAGCCAUCCAGACCAAUCUCAUCUGACAAGGAGCGCUUCCGCGAAGAGGAUGAAGAAGACUAUUCAGAUCUGGUUCCUAAUAACGAGGAUGAGUUCUUCAAAAAGGUUGCAGGGUUUUCUCCGAGUCGCUUUGGUCCUAAUGACAUGCGAAACAUGCCCACAAAGCUGGGCGGAAGCAUGAAACGGCGCAGAACCCACACUCCAACCAUGCUCGUGCACGAUGCAGCAGCAAUGCGAAGAACUAGGUCGAGCUUGGAGAUUCAAAAGUAUGCCGAAGACGAUGAAGAUGAAGACUUCCACACCGAUCUGGUCUUCGACGAGGAGCCGAUGAGCAGCCCACGAUCCGUGGGAAGUGGCUCCAGUGGUACUCUGAAGCUUACUCACUCCCUUUCGUGGGGCGAGGAUGAAGAGGACGAUGAAGAGGAUCCGUUCAAAGCACUCGAGGAGGAAUUGGACGAGGUCGACCUCGAAUCCAAUGUCGCCAGAGACAAACAUGCACGCCUCUGUGCUGCUGUGGAAAGUCUUGUUUCAGACCUGAAGGCUGCCCAACCUGAAGACGUACUUGCCGAGAUUGUGGACCAGCUUCUACAGAUUCUUUCAGAGAGCAUUGAUGUAAAGAAUGUGAUCGUCAGCAGUCACGGCAUGCUGCCGAUACUGGAAAUCUUGGAGACGACUACACGGCCCGGCAUUAUCUUACGUCUCCUGAAGAUACUCAAUGCGAUCCUGUACGACAAUAUUGAGAUUCAGGAGAAUCUUUGCUUCGUUGGCGGCAUUCCGAUCAUCACUCGCUUUGCACAAAAGAAGUAUGCCUCCGAAAUCAGGCUCGAGGCCGCGAAUUUCGUACGUAUGAUGUACCAAACACCGACGCCUGGGCUCACACUGCAGAUGUUUAUCUCUUGCGGUGGUUUGAACGUCCUCGUGGAAUUUCUGGAAGAGGACUACGACUCGGAGGCCGGCCGCGAACUUGUCCUGGUUGGCGUGAAUGGUAUCUGGUCAGUUUUUGAACUGCAAGGACCAACGCCGAAGAAUGACUUCUGCCGGAUAUUCUCGCGCAGUGCUGUGCUCUAUCCCUUAUCCCUUGUCCUCAACAGAGUUUUGGACGAGGACGAUCGAGAGCUGGCAGAUGUCAUCGAAGGUCGCAUUGUCAACAUCUUCCUGCUGUUCAGUCAAGCUGAGAACUAUGUGAAGGAGCUUAUUGCAGAGAGGAUGGUCUUGAAGCGAGUGCUCAAAGAUUUGCGACGCCUGCGGCCGACAAAUCAAAUAGUCAUGUUGAAGUUCAUCAAAAACUUAAGCAUGCUUGCCACAACACUUGAGGAUCUUCAGAACAGCAACGCCAUCGAGGUGCUCACAGACCUGCUCGGAUCCAGCAUGGAGGCCAACAGGCGGCCUACGGCUACAGGUGCACAGCACUUCCGCGACAUAUCCAACCAGAUACUGGCUACCAUGUACAACCUCUGCCGUCUGUCGAAUGCACGUCAAGAGGAUGCGGCACUCAACGGUAUCGUGCCUCUACUACAGAAAAUCGUUAAGACGGAGCGUCCGCUCAAGGAGUUUGCGCUGCCUAUCAUCUGUGACAUGGCGCACAGCGGCAAAGUAGGCCGCAAGAUCUUGUGGCAGAACAAGGGCCUGCAAUUCUACGUUUCGCUGCUUGCCGACCAAUACUGGGCAGUGACUGCACUCGAUGCAAUCUUCGUGUGGUUGCAGGAGGAGACCGCUAAGGUGGAGGAAUACCUCUUGGAUCCACCACUGAAGUUCAGUCAGGCGGUUGCGCAGAGCUUCAACGAGAGCAAGGCUGAUGCUUUUGAGAACCUCCUGGAGCCGUUGCAAAAACUGCUAAGACUGAGCCCGGCAGUCGCUGCAAGUCUCGCUCAAGUCACCUUGUUCGAGAGAGCGGCUGUCAAAAUGCACUCCAAGAAGGCACUUGUACGCCUCAAUCUGCUUCGUGUGAUCCGCAGCAUAUGCGAUGCUUGCGAAGGUCAAGGCAUGAUCGAGAAUGGCACUCUCGGUGAAGGCGGCUCGUUACUUCGCAGAUACGGAUUGCUCGAUGCCGUUCGAGAACUUGCCCGCCAUGACCCCGCGAUCCUGGUUCGCGAGAUGGCUAAUGAAUUGGUGAAGAGCAGUGAGUUGGCAGAUGCC